AUGUCGGGUGAAAAACUUGAAAGAUUCAGUGUGGAGCAAAUGAGAAUAAGCGAUAGAGAGGAGGAGGAAAGAGUUAUAAAUCAACAUCCUCAAAAUGAUUCUGGAAGCGAUGGCGCCGAUAGCGAUGGAGAGGUGGGAGGCGGUGGCAGUAGCAGUGGUGGUAGCGAUACGAACAGUUGCAUAACGAAUGCAAAGCGAUUGAAAUAUCUACCAGAGUCCAUGAGUAAACUACACUUCAAAUCACCACUUGACUAUAUUCAGGUGUUUCUCGUCACCUCGAAAUGGACGAAUCUUCUCAACUCGAUAUCGGUGCGAGAAUUCCUGCUGUUUCGAAAAUCAAAAGAAUUUCAUCUUCAGAGAAAUACAUCGGCUCGAUCACCAAUGCCAGCUGAUCUUAUCUUGGUAAAUACAGAUACAACUAUAUCCGAUUGUUUAAAUGUAAGAAUAUCAAUAAUUCAACCUUUAAAAAUCGUCUUUUCAAAUGUUAAUUCAUUUACUUUACUUUUUCAGAUAUUUAGAAAUAAUUCAAUCUUAUCUGCCCCAGUUAUCGAAAGAAGUACAUCACCUAUUUCGUCACCAAUACCAACGAUCGAUCUUGAACAUACAGUUACCAAUGUUAACAAAGGAAAUAGCUUUCAGUCGGACGAAGAUACAUUCAAAAUAAAAGGUGUUGUCGAUCUAUUAGAUAUAUUAGCAUUGUUAUUCUCUAUAUCAAGAAGACAUAAGCAAUCAUAUUCCUACUCUCUGUCUCAUGGUAGUCCUCAUACAUAUCAACAAUCCAUCAAACAAGCUCUAAAUCCAUUACAAUCAACAAUAGAUAAAAUUCCAGAAGAUUACUCUCUAUUAAGAGCAACAGAGUUAUUAUUAAAACCAACGACACCCUUUAAAUCCCAUAGAUUACCUGUAUUAAAUUCAAAAAAUGAAAUAGUGGGAUUGUUUUCAUUAACAGAUAUAAUGUAUAUAUCGCAAAGAAAUAUUCAUUUAUUCAAUGGUAACUCUACAAAGAAAACAAAAGAACUUAAAUUGCUACAUCCAGUAAUUACAUUAAAUUCUGAUGCAAAAUCAUCAGAGGCUUUCUCAAUUCUACUUGCCAAUAGAAUCACAGGUAUUGCCAUUGUUGAUAAAGACAAUGGAAGAUUACUAACCUCUGUAGAUUCAAGAGAUUUAAGAAAUGUACCUAUAGAUAAAAUAAAUUUCAGUAAUAAGUCAAUUUUCGAUUUCUUAUUAGAGAAAUAUAAUGGAGAAAUUAAAACACCUGCUGUUAUUAAGGAAAAUGAAACUUUGGUAGACGUUUUAAAUUUAAUGUGUGAUAACAAUUCACAAAGAGUAUAUAUGGUAGAUGGAUAUUAUAGACCAAUAACAGUUACAACAAUUUCAGAUAUUGUUGCUGCACUCUUAAAUUGUUAA